AUGAAGCUCUCCAUCUUCUCCACCCUCGCCAUGGUCGCCCUGGCCUCCGCCUUCCCCCACGAGAAGCGCGAGACCACUGACGCUCAAUGUGUCAAGCCCUACCUCUGCUGCGGAGAGCUCAAGACUCCCCUCGACGACACUGUGGACCCUAUUCUCAUGGGUCUCGGUAUCAACGCCGCUAGCAUUGUCGGGUCUAUUGGUCUUGACUGCAAGGCUUACGAUGACUCUUGCAAGAGCGAGCCCCAGUGCUGCACUGAGGCUAACCUUUUGGGUGGCACUCUUGCUCUCGGCUGCGCACCGCUCAAGUCCAAGUCCUCUUAA